UCACACCAGUGGACACUGUGUUACACAGUGUUGCCUGUAUACGUAUCUGGAAAGCACCCUCCCUGAGAGACUUUCUAUCUAGUAAAAUCAUCAAUCCUUAUCUGCGUUUUGGCUAUUCCUUCUUCACAAAGAAGAUAGGUAACGCGCAGUCUAUUUCUUAUAUGUAUAUGGAAGUGUCUCGCAAGAAUCUCGAAAUCGAUGUUGCUUCUCGAGUACGCCUGGUCGCGUCGCUAGCGUGCGCUUGUAUUAUGGCUGCUGCGUUUGGGUUCGUGAUUACUGAUGUGCUGCAAAGAGACGAAGAUCGUUGACGACCUCCGCCGCGAUUUUGUACAAGCAAUCAUCGCGAAGAGUUUCUCAAUCAGUAGUAUUAUUGUGAGUUGUCGGCAAAUAGUACGCGUCAAAUGAAUCUGAGAAACGGCGUAUCUCAUCCUCACGAAGAGACGAUGACGCGUGCACGUCGUUGAAGCGGAAGGAGAAAGAGAGAGAGAGAGAGAGAGAGAAAGAUAUAUGUAUAUACAUAUAUAUAUCACACACACACACACACAUAUACACAUAAAGUGGUCCGCUGCCUGGAAAUAACGGGGUUCAGGGGGUGGAUGAUAGAAAUUUACUGAAAAUCCAAAGGUCAAAGCCUCAGAACGCUGGAGAAAGACAGUGCGGCUUCGGAGGAGGGGGAGAUGUCAGCAGGCACCCAGGGCGAGAUACGUGUCGGCCCUUCCCAUCAGGAGUUGGUUUCUUGUCAGGCCCGUUUGCCUGAGUAUCGGCCGGGUAUACCUCCCGGAGAGCUGCCACCCGAUCCCGAAUUCUCCAAGGAACGAGAGGAGCUAAGAUGGAUACCAGCCAUGGCUUUGGACGGAGAUCUGCUUAUGUACUUGAGGGCGGCUCGCUCGAUGGCCGCAUUUGCAGGCAUGUGUGACGGCGGGUCUCCGGACGAUGGUUGCGUGUCUGCAUCACGAGACGACACUACCAUCAACGCGUUGGACAUCUUGCACGAUUCUGGCUAUGAUCCCGGCCGAGCGCUUCAGGCACUCGUCAAAUGUCCCGUACCGAAAGGCAUCGACAAGAAGUGGUCCGAAGAGGAAACUAAACGAUUCGUCAAGGGUCUACGGCAGUUCGGAAAAAACUUUUCGCGUAUUCGGAAGGAUCUUCUACCUCACAAGGAUACGCCGGAGUUGGUUGAGUUCUAUUAUUUAUGGAAGAAGACGCCAGCUGCGAAUAAUAAUCGGCCCCAUCGACGACGCAGACAAAGUUCGCUGCGACGAAUUCGUAACACGCGCAAUUCACGUGCCGGCACACCUAAGGACGAAGUGCCGACACCUACUAAGGACACACCGCCGGCGUCUAAUAUUAGCGCAAAGGAAGUCGCAGCCGAAGCGGAAACUGUGCCGGUCGGCACACCUGCCAGCCACAAUCCCGGUGGUGAAAUCAGUUCUGUGACAGAGGACGAUAACUCGGAAGAAGACAGCGAUUCACGUGAUACGAAUACGAACGGCGCUGCACAUUCUUGUCAACAUUGCUUCUCUAGUAGCUCGAAGGAUUAUCAAGUAGCUGGUAAAGAUCGACUGUUGCUUUGUGCGGAAUGUCGAACACACCUGAAAAAAACUGGAGAAUUGCCUCCCGCGCCACCAUAUUUGUUUCGCCCAGUGCCUGCAGAGUCACCGGAGAGUCCCGGUAGAAUGCGCACACGGAACAAAGCCAAAGAGACACCGAGACCCGCAAGACCGCGACGUACAGGUGGCACAGACACGCCCGAUCAAGAUAGACAGCAACAGCAAACACCUGAUAAAAAUAAGAAGAAGUCUGGCAAAGCAGAUACGCCGAAAAAAGCUCAAAAACGCUCGAUUCAGGUGGAAGACGUCUGUACCGAGGAAGAUAAGGACGUACAGAAGCGAAAACGCGGCAGCGAACGGCCCGAUAGUCCGUCCGAAUCGCUCACGACCGACAGUAAUUCCCUGAUGGACGAGCCAGAGCGUGAAACAGAAGGUGACGCCAACGAGAACCAACCGACACCGCCAACGGUUGCCGGCGUGACCGGUGUAGAAGAACCGAUCAGCAGCCCAGCUAUCACAACGUCUGAAGAGCCAUCCGAGCCAACGCCGACAUCUACACCGGUACCAACCGCGAUACAAAGUCUACCGAUAUCGGUGCCAGUCAUACACGGUUUAGACAAGAAGCCUCCUACUUUACUAGAUCAAGAACCGAUAGAUCAGAGUAAGGACCAAGCGGAAGACGUUCCGCUGGCUAUGAAUCAGCCAUUGAAACUGGAGCCUGUUCCGAUUGAGUCGACUAUGUCACCGACAAUGUCCAAUGAAGAAGUGGGCAAAGAACCUGAACCGACUCAGUUAAAUUUGAGCACAUCUGCACAGUCUAUUGGAGCGAAUCCAAACGAUACCGGAUCUGCAGUUACGCUCCGCAACUUGUCACAACAGAUACCUGGUAUUAUUACGAGCGUAAGUUCGCAAGCGGGUAUGCCAAGUUCGCAGAUUCCGGUGAUAUCGCCCAGUCAGCAACAGAGCAGCGCAGGACUACCUACAAGUCUCAGCAUGCAAUAUGUGCCGCCUCCGCCGCCGGUGCAAAAUAUGCCGCAAAAUCUAUCACAAAACAUACCGCCGCAAAUGGCGCCAAGCACGAGUAUGGGACCAACAAACCUUCGCAGCCAUGGCGAAAGCUUGCCUUCUGCACAGUCAUUACCACAAAAUAUGUCAGGACCACCGCCGUUAAAUCUCAACAUUUCGCAGAAUGUAUCAACCGGUAUAGGCGGUCCAAUCAGUCAGAUAUCGCAGAUGCCGCCUAUGCCGAGUCCGCCGUCACAACCACUCGGUCUGACUAUGAUGUCAUCUGAAAACAGAAAUGCUGAGAGAUUGACGGACGAACGGUUAUCGUCAGGCGAACGAACACGCGACGGUCGAGUUCCCGAUUCUCGUAUGAUGACAGAGCGCGUUCCGGAACGUACGAACGAGAAUAACGAAUCUGAACGACCAGAACCUAGCAGUCUAUUUCAGCCAAUACAAUCCAGCGGAAUGUUGCCUGAUAAGUCUGUGGGUAUGUACAAUUUGGCCAGUACUCCUCCAAUGGAGCCACAAAAUUUGAAGAUCAAACAGGAGAUCAUACCACCAGAGCCUGAUCCUUUGCAAAGCCUGAAAGAGGUUAAAGUACCGGGCUUUCAGAGCUCUUCUUUCCCCGGUCCGAGUCUUGAUAAUAUCAAAAAGGAUCCAGACGGUGCGAGUAAACCACCUACGCCGAGUAAGCACUCCGUGCAGCCGGUAAGUCAGACGGUACCGCCAAUUCAACCAGUCGCAGCAUCGCCAACACCAACGCCAACACCAACACCUAGUUUACCACCACCGCCAAGUUCAAUACCUCAACCAGUUAUGCAUCCAGCACAACAGCCAAGCCCGCACAUGGCCCAUCCCUUCCAUCCACAUCAUCCGUUGAUGCAUCAUUCGCUUUUUACCGCUAUGCAUCCAUACCAUCCCCACGCUUAUCCUGGAUACGCACCGGGUUACCCGUCUUUUCCGCCGUAUCCUUAUGGACCUCCUGUGCCUCACGCCAUUCCGCCACCCUCACCUCAACGAAGCCAGGAGAGCAACACGAUGAUGACCGCACAUCACGCCAGCACCAGUUCGAGCGUUACAAACAGAGAAGAAAGCGAAAAUCUGAUCGCGAGCCAUCAUCACUCGUCAAGUAUGCAUCAGCAACCGACGACGAUGCACCACGAAAAACUUCUAACAAUCUCUUCUCACAAUUCUCAUAGUCAUUCUUCAUCACACAGUAGCCAACGCAAACCGUCGCUUGUGUCGGCUACGUGUUUGACUUCAUCUUCGAAUUCGGUUCAUCAUCAUCAUCGACCACCGCAGCCACAGCAGGCACCAAUCGUGUCAGAGCCGAAAAUCGAGCAAGACAUGGAGACCGAAUCGGAAGAACCCGUAAGUCCUCGAGGACCUUCACCGGAACCACGAAUUGAGGAUUCCGAAUGUCAUCGAUCGCAGUCAGCAAUUUUCCUUCGGCAUUGGAAUCGUGGCGAGAACAAUUCGUGUACUCGCACCGAUUUAAUGUUCAAACCUGUGCCAGACUCUAAAUUGGCGAGAAAACGGGAAGAACGUUCACGUAAACAAGCAGAACGAGAAAGAGAGGAACGCGAUCGUGCUGCUGCUGCAGCACAACAGGCUAGAAAAAUGACUACGCCCGAGAAACAACCUGAGGUGUGUAAACCGCCUAGUCGUGGGCCUCUCGAACCCAUUGUCUCGCCAUACGAUCGAUACGCUACGCGUCCAGGUUCAUAUGCGGACACUCCAGCGUUGAGACAGUUGUCGGAAUACGCAAGGCCUCACGCUGCUUUCUCGCCUGCCAGGCAUCCAGCUCCACCCGAUCCGAUGUUACAGUACAUUUAUGGACGCGAGGCAGCUGCAGCACAGAGACUAGAGUUGGAACACUUAGAACGUGAGAAGAGAGAACGUGAAAUACGCGAGUUGCGCGAACGAGAGUUGAAUGAUCGUUUAAAAGAAGAGUUACUUAAAGGUACACCUAGACCAAUGCCAGCACCGCCAGUUGAUCCACAUUGGUUGGAGAUACACCGUCGAUACGCCGCCGCUGGUUUGGCACCAGGUCCUUCCGGACCACCUCAAGCCUUGCAUCAGUUUGGUUUGGCUUACGGAGCUCCUCCAGGACCGAGUCAACUCGAGAGAGAACGACUAGAAAGGCUAGGGAUUCCUACUGCAGCCGGCGGGGGGCCAGCAGGCGGAGCGGCUGGCCAUCCCGUGGCGGCUCAUCAUCAUGGCCAGUUGGAAGAGCGACUGGCUUUGGCCGCUGAUCCGAUGGUCCGAUUGCAAAUGGCCGGCAUCUCGCCCGAGUAUCACGCUCACACUCACGCGCAUACACAUGCGCAUACGCACUUGCACUUACAUCCGGGACAGCAACAGGCCCAACAGCAAGCACAGCAGCAGCAGGAAGUUGCCGCAGCUGCGGCUGGAUUUCCCCUGCCGGCUGCGGCUGGUGCCAAUUAUCCCCGUCCCGGGUUAAUACCACGUGAUCCCGCUUUGGCGCUUCACCCAGCGGAAUUAUUGGGAAGACCAUAUGCGGACAUGGCAGCACACCACGAACAACUGCAACGACACCUCAUGAUGGAGCGUGAUAGAUUUCCUCAUGCGUCUCUUAUGGCUCAUCACGAGGAGUAUAUAAGACAACAACAGCGUGAUCGCGAACUUAAAGUUCGCGCACUGGAAGAAGCCGCACGUGGAGCGCGUCAAUAAGCACAAUUUGUAUAUAUAUAUAGAUAAAUACUACACACAGACACACACAUACAUAACAGCCUUGAUCGUUUUAUCGCGAUACAUAAAACAAUAUUAAAGUAAUGAGAUAAAAAUUUGAUCAAAAUCUUGUUAUAACUUAUCUCUUACAAUAAAAUUUAUUUUUAUGGUCUUUCAGAUCAUUAGCGAAAAUAUACAUGAGUAAAACAUCUUCGAAUGUUAAUAUAUAUGAGUGUGCAUGCGCGCGCGCCUGCGUGUGUAUAUGUGUAAUGUGCACGUACACAUACGUAUACAUACAGCAAUAACGAUUGUAAUUCGUGCAAAUGUAAAUAUAUGAUUUUAGUCCUAGUACUAUAAACCAAUCGGAAUUGUAUGCCUUCAUUUUUCGAACAAUCGCGAGUCAUCGAAGGUUGUUUUAGUCAGUCAUUUCGUUUCUAGACAUAUUUAAAAUAUUAAGUAAACAAAAAAUCCGCGAGUCCCGCCGAAGCAACUGACUGAAAAAAUUCGGUAAGGUUUGCGACGUACGAUGGUUUUCUUUAUGAUUAGAUCGCGCUAUAGCACAACGGCGAUUUGACAAUUGGGUGAUUUCUCAAUUGUGAUUAGCCAAUUCAAGUGCUUGCAUGUAAUUUAACGCGAAAAAGCAUCUGUAUGCUACAAGUUUAAAUCUCUCAAAAAAUGAGGACAUACAUGCCGAUUAGUGUACAAGAGGAGUGCACCAUACCGUGCGGCUUCAGAGAAAGUAUUUCUCGAAAAUUUCUCUUCCGGGUACCUCUAUUACCGCAUGCCGUUCUCCUUCAAUCUUGAACCACUAGGAGACCGAAGAAGAACGGCGCGCGAUAGUAGAAGCAGCCAGAAGAGAAAUUUCUGAGAAAUACUUUCCCUGCAGCCGCACAAUAUGGUGCACUCCUCUGUACAAUCAAUGCGGCAUUCUUGGAGAGAAAAAUUAAGAUUUAUACACGACAAACAGAUUGAUACGUAAACUGUUUUUUAACCUAGAUAUAUUACACAGUUAAAUCACACCUUCUAUACUAUUGGCGUAUCAUCAAAUGCGAAUCGAUUAUCUUUUUAAUUUGACCUUAAUUGCAAAUGCCAAAGCGCUUUUAUAUGAUGUCAUUAGUAUAGAAGAGAGAAAGAAAAAUACCAGUAAGGAAUAUAAAUAAAAAAUGUAUAAUAAAUCAAACACAAUUUUUA